GACCGCGUCCAUCUGGGUAACCUCCCCAACCUUUUAAUCUCACCAACAAAGAUCUUUUGAUAAGGAAGAAGAAGAAGCAAGAAGAGAGGUCAACGAAGAAGAUGAAGCUCUCUGCUUUACAUCAGAGUUACUUGAAUCGUCGGAGUAAUAGCUUCAGAUCUCCGACGUCUCUUGAUUCUUCUGUUGAUGGCUCCGGGAAGUCUUUAAUCGCUGUGUUUUGGCUUAUCCUGCACUGUCUUUGUUGCUUAAUUAGUCUAGUCCUCGGGUUUCGAUUCUCCAGAUUAGUCUUCUUCUUCCUCUUCUCUACUUCUUCAACGAAUCUCUACUCUGCUCCGUUUCGUCCUGACUUACCGGUGAAGCACCUCGAUGUUCACACAAUCGGCCGUAAUCUGGAUCCCGGAGCAAACGGGACGGUGGCGAUGGCGACGAAGAGCUCUCGUGUUGUCGUUGGAAGACACGGGAUCCGGAUCCGGCCCUGGCCGCAUCCGAAUCCCGUUGAGGUAAUGAAAGCUCAUGGGAUUAUUGAGAGAGUUCAGAAGGAGCAAAAGACGAUCUUUGGGAUGAAAAGUAGUAAGAUGGUUAUAGCUGUGACACCUACUUAUGUGAGGACUUUUCAAGCUUUGCAUUUGACUGGUGUGGUGCAUUCGUUGAUGCUUGUUCCUUAUGAUGUGGUUUGGAUCGUUGUUGAAGCUGGUGGUGCUACUAAUGAGACGGGUUUGAUUAUUGCUAAAUCAGGACUUAGGACGAUUCAUGUUGGGAUUGAUCAGAGAAUGCCUAAUACUUGGGAGGAUCGUAGUAAAUUAGAAGUCUUUAUGAGACUUCAAGCUUUGAGAGUUGUGAGGGAAGAGAAGCUUGAUGGUAUUGUGAUGUUUGCGGAUGAUAGUAAUAUGCAUAGUAUGGAGUUCUUUGAUGAAAUUCAGAAUGUGAAGUGGUUUGGUACUGUUUCUGUUGGGAUAUUGGCGCAUUCGGGAAAUGCGGAAGAGAUGGUUAUGUCGAUGGAUAAGAGGAAAGAGAUGGAGAAAGAGGAAGAAGAGGAGAGCUCUUCGUUACCGGUACAAGGUCCUGCUUGUAAUUCGACUGAUCAGUUGAUUGGUUGGCAUAUUUUCAAUACAUUGCCAUAUGCGGGGAAGAGUGCGGUUUAUAUUGAUGAUGUUGCUGCGGUUUUGCCUCAAAAACUAGAGUGGUCUGGGUUUGUGUUGAACUCGAGGUUGCUUUGGGAAGAAGCUGAGAAUAAGCCAGAGUGGGUUAAGGACUUUGGUUCGUUGAAUGAGAAUGAAGGUGUGGAUAGUCCUUUGUCUCUAUUGAAGGAUCCUUCAAUGGUGGAACCUCUUGGAAGCUGUGGAAGACAAGUUCUGCUAUGGUGGCUUCGAGUUGAAGCACGAGCUGAUAGCAAAUUCCCUCCCGGAUGGAUAAUUGAUCCUCCGUUAGAGAUUACAGUCGCGGCUAAACGCACUCCAUGGCCAGAUGUUCCUCCUGAGCCACCAACCAAAAAGAAAGAUCAAAUGCCAUUAUCCCAAGGCAACACCGUCGUGAAAUCAUCUUCUCCUCCAGAUACCGCAAAUAUUACAAGUAACGGAGAGGAAAACAAAACCGGGAAAAUUAGAUUACGAUAAUGGAAGGUAUACAGGUUUUUCGGGGAAUGAUGAUUAUUCGUUUUUCAACUAUCGUUUUAUUUUUUGGUCUUUUAAAACUUGUCUUUAUUAGUAACAAAGAUUGUUUGUUUCAAUGUUCUUGAGGGUUUUACAAGAAGUGUAGAAACAAAACUUUGGGUUGUAUAGUUUUGUAAGCAUAUUUCUCAAUUCAUUUAUGUUUUCUUACAUAGAAGCAUUAUCUUCUCUCAUGGACCCAAGACUUUAUGAAAGCCGCCCUCAAUUUUACUUAUAUUGAUGAAAUAAAUCAAUUUUUCUUUU